AUGCGAGGAUUUAAGGGAGUAUUUGCCAUUGGAGUGCUUGGUUAUGCUGUGCUGAUUAAAUGUGCUAAUGAUGAUAAGACUGUUGCGACUGAAAUUGCCUUAAUGGGUGGAGAAGAACAGGAGGCUUUGGUAAGUAAGCCGGUGGAAGAAGUUGUGGCUGAGAUAGAUAAUGAUGUGUCGUUUGAGGAUGAAGGGCCUAUGACCGAGGUGGGUGAGGUAGUUGAGACGGACGAGCUGGAUAUGGAAAUGUGUUUUAAUCCAAUUGUUAGUUUGAGCGCUUUGGAAAUCAUUCAAGAGAUGGAUGAAGAGCUGGCUUGGGAUGUUUCUAGUAGUGAUGAUGUCUACUCAAGUGAUAGCAGUGAGUAUUCAGACUUAUUGGAAAAUGAUAAAGAUGAGUCUGAAGAUAACAAUACUAAAAUCCUAGUUUUGCCCAACCAAAAUAUUGAAAAGCAGCCGGAAAUGGAUCUUUCUUUAUGCACUAAGCCGGUUGAAGUGUCAGUAUAA